AUGAGAAUCCACACAGGAGAGAAACCAUUCAGUUGUGAUAUUUGUGGGAGAAGAUUUCCAAAACGGGGAGAUCUGAAUAGACACAUGUGUGUCCACACAGGAGAAAAACCAUUCAGCUGUGACGUUUGUGGGAAAAGAUUUUCAGAACGGCGACAGCUGAAGUCACACAUGAGAGUCCACAUGGGAGAGAAACCAUUCAGUUGUGAUGUUUGUGGGAGAAGAUUUCCGGUACAUGGAUUGCUGAAGACACACAUGAGAGUCCACACAGGAGAGAAACCAUUCAGUUGUGAUGUUUGUGGGAGAAGAUCUACAGACCAGGGACAUCUGAACGUACACAUGAGAGUCCACACAGGAGAAAAACCAUUCAGCUGUGACGUUUGUGGGAAAAGAUUUACACAACAGGGGAGUGUGAAGAUACACAUGAGAGUCCACACAGGAGAGAAACCAUUCAGUUGUGAUGUUUGUGGGAAAACAUUUUCAGAACGGCGACAGCUGAAGACACACAUGAGAGUCCACAUGGGAGAGACCAUUUGAAAUUAAUGUAAAAUGUUUUCACGGCUGAGUGUCGGCUGACUGCUGCGGUCCGGCUUGAUGCAGCCAAAUGUGAGCCAGCUGUGGCGCAUUUAAUUUUAGCCAUAUAUGUGUGUGUGUCUGUUCUGUAUUUCUAGUCCUGUUAUAAUCUAAUAUAGUUUGUAAAAGUGUUGAUUCUAGUUCUGCUUAUUAAUUUUGAUAUAAAUGCAGAUAAGGACGCGGGGCCUGGUACAUUAUAACAGAUAUAAUUGUUGGAUGUGAAGGACUAAGAACAAGGCUUUCAAAUGAGUUGUAGUUUCAUUUAGGAUGUAUUAAUAGGCUCGAGUCAAAGAUGGCUGCCACUCCACCUCCUCGGCCGGUGACUCAAGGAACCACCGGGCUCGGGUCUGAGUGCCACACACCGGAUCCAGAAGUAAGACCGUGUUCAGAGACACACAACUGGUUUUGAUACUGAACACAAAAUCAAGUUGAGUCGUGUCUCUUGGCAACGCGCUGUAUCUCACGGUAACAACUACUGCCCAGAGACUAACGGCACGACGCGCUCCGAGCUGCUCAACAUGCUCUUUGGUGAGUUGGUAACUCUGGUUCCAACCGUUUUCUUUACGACAUUCAGAGCACGAAGCAGCAACCGACGAUUAUCUCUGGAGAUUUAGAGGAGUGAUGCAGAAUGACGUCUCCCUCCUUCGGUGUGGUUGUUGUCAGUCUGUGGUUGGUUGACGUGGACGUGCUCCACAGCAAAGUGCUGCAGGGACGACGUUGUUUUGAACUUAGCGUGUCACUGGGUCCCUCAACAAAAGGCUGUUGGGAUUUGUUUUUUAAAGUUUGCUUGCCUGUAAACAAUAUUACGAAUUAAAUAUAUUCUGGCUGACAGUAGACA